AUGGAGCGCAUCACGGAGUCCGCGAUCAAACGGCCGCCGUCGCCAUCGCGCAUCGCAUUUCAACACGCAUACAUUGCCUCACCGCAACAAGUCGACUCCAACCUGUUGAUACUGCUGCACGGUCUUGGAGAUACGCAAGCGUCGUAUGUCGAUUUGGGAAAACAGCUGCAGCGAGCGCUGCCACAGUGCGCCGUCUUGGCCCUAAGAGGUGCGAGGAGCGUACCGCUGCUGGGCGGAGGCAUGUGGUGGGAUGCUUGGGAUCCGCUUGGAGAGAGUGAGUAAUCGGCGGGUGAGGGUGCGGGUGCGGGUGCUUGCGUGCGUGCAUGCGAAGCUGACUCUUGACUCUUGUUUCUGCGCCCCCCGCCCCCCGCAGUGCUUCCCGCAUCCGCUCAAAAUCCUGCCGCAUUCAUCGACGAUUUCAAAAAGCUUUUGGAUGAGUUGACGAUGCGCGGAUGGCAGAGCGAGCAUGUGCACUUGCUCGGAUUUGGACAGGGAGCUACAGCUGCGCUAGAGGGCACGCACGCUUGGUGCAGAGCCAACAAGCGCUUGCUGGGAAGCGUCGUCGCAGUGUGUGGUGGCAUGUUGAGCGUGAGUGGCGGGGCGGGGCGAGAGCGGGGCAAAAGUGUGCUGCUGCCCUGCAAGCAUCACUGUAGUGACACACACGUCUGCCCACCACCCACCCUCACCAGUUUCCUAAUCCUCCACCGCUCGACGUGCCAGUCCUGCACAUUCAUCCGCCCGCCGCAGCACAUCAACGAGCUCAGACGACGCUGCAACGCGCAUUUCAGCCACUCGUAGUCAUGCCUCUCUCAGACGACGCACAGGACAGGAUGCCUCGAGGCAAAGAGUGGGAGAUGGUGGUUCGAUUUUGGAGCGAAAAGGGCAGGUGGAGGAAUAGAGCAGCCUGGGAACUCAAAGGCGAGGUCUACGCGGUCCCGGGGGGGCAGUCGUGA